CUUUCAGGGGCAAAUUCGACCAAAAAGCGCCCUCUGCUACUCGGCCUGUAAACUCCAACUUUCCUGAAGUGGCAUCUUUUUUCCCCGCUCAAUCCCUCUAUCGCAAACAACGAACAUUGCAUUACGAUCAUGGCCCUCCUCUGGAUCCCAGCCUCUUUCGCCCGUUGGAUUCGGCUGAAAAUAUAUCAGUAUGAGGUGACUUUUGCUGUAUACAUGCUCACACCAACCGAAAAGUUCAUUUUUAACUCCCUCCUCCUUACGCUGAUCUCAAUGAUCAUCACCGCUAUUUACGUCUACCUCCCCGAUCACAUCAGGUCCAUCUACGGCCACCUCUACUAUUAUUGGGCUGGCGAACGUCCCUUCAUAUCCUCCGCCUUGCCAUCAAUCAGCUCGGUAUUCCGCGAGACCGGCACCCAGGCGCUAGAGGUCAUGUACGAGACAGCAAAAAAUAAUGCUGCUGCUGCCACCGAUACGAUCCGCGAAUUAUAAGUUUCUUGACUGUUGGCAAUGGCGAGCGAUCCUAUUCU